AUGUGGGGUGUAUUAGGAGUACAUAGUAAAUUACGGAGCAAAUUAUCGCGUGGAUAUGGGGUGUCUCACAAAAAACUAUCCCGUCGGUGGAACGGCCCACCCUCUCGCUCAACACGCUCACCCACGAACCGCCUAUUAUCUUUAGAUCAAGAAAAAGCGCAUAUUCUAUGGAUUGAGUAUCUAGAUAAUAUAGGGGCACCCCCUACGAACGAGCAAAUUGAGGAAAGUGCGAAUUAUUUGCUCGCUAAAGAUUUCAAUGAUCCGGGAGAGCCUCCCCGCGCCGGAAAGAUGUGGAUAUACAAUUUUCUCAACCGCUUGCCAGAAAACCUGUCAUCACGAGAAUCAAUUACCGUCGUUGAAGCUAUAAACGCUGAAGGAAAGAUUAUACCACCUUUAUUGAUUCCAAAGGGUGAAAACCACAUGGAGGAAUGGUAUCGGCAUAUACAAGAUGAUGAGUGGCUAAUUGCACCUGCUAAAAAUGGAUUUAUCACGGAUGAGAUCGCAUUUGAAUGGCUUCAACAUUUUCAACACUAUUCCAAGCCGGAUUGGUCAUCGGAAUGGCGAUUACUUCUUAUGGAUAGUCAUGCAACUCAUCUUACUAUUCAGUUCGUCCAAUACUGCGAAAUUUACCACAUUCGACCGUUCCGUUUUCCUCAUUCUAUGCACUUUUUGCAACCGCUCGAUGGAAUGCCUUUUCAGCAAUAUAAACAUGUUCAUGGAAGAGUUGUGAAUAAGGUUGCACGUCUGGGUGGCUUCGAUUUCAAUAAAAAUGACUUCUUUGAAGAGCUACGUGAUAUCCGGAUUAAGACAUUUACAACACGAACUAUCCGCCAUGGCUGGAAGGAGCGAGGGAUUUGGCCAUAUGAUCCUAAGUUUAUACUCGAUAAGAUGCCUCAGCCAGAUGAAGCAUUUGAAAAAUUAGCUGCUGAUGGGGAUACAUUAAAAAUUUACAGCGAGCCUGAUAACACUAUUCCCAGCUCACCGACUACAAAAUCAAUCUCUCCGCCUUCAAGCGUUGCAAAACUACGUCGCUAUAUCAAUAAGAUUGAGAAAUCAGUUGACGGUAUAAAGGAUAUCCUUGACAGCGCAAGCCCAGGCCUCUCACGUCGUAUAAAGGUGAUUAACCAAGGCAGCCUCACUUUAGCCGAAUUAGGCGAACUACAUCGUGAGAGUUCUAUGAAGGUUCGGGAUACAGCAAAACGUAAGCAGCAACAAACUACAAAACGACAAGUCAAGGCGAUGGGUGCGCUUUAUGUAAAAGACUCCCAGUAAGAUGGCUGCCGGAAUAGCUGCACCGCAAAGGACUUCACGUUCCAAGAGAUAGAUUGCGUGGCUAACCCAAUUGGGCUUGCCCAGGUCUCAUGAGUGUUUUGAAUUCCUAUUGAGAUGAUUUCCACUUUGUUACUCAUCAAUGUCACACUUGAAAGA